GUUUGGGAUGGAAAGUAUAAUUCAAUGAAGGAUAAGGGUGCAAGUGUAAAAACAGACCCUAUUUCUCCAAUUCGAUCCAAAAGGAAGCCCUCUUUGCUACGUUCCUUGUGCCGCCGCAGCGCCGCCCAGAGGUUAUCAGUUUCUUGCAUUCUAGAAACUUCCUAGACAUGGCAGAUGGUCAUGAAACUGAUAAGAAUAUCGAGAUCUGGAAGAUCAAAAAAUUAAUCAAGGCCUUGGAAUCUGCUAGAGGUAAUGGCACAAGCAUGAUCUCUCUCAUUAUGCCACCGCGUGAUCAAGUUGCUCGAGUCACCAAGAUGUUGGCUGAUGAAUAUGGAACUGCUUCAAACAUUAAAAGUAGAGUGAAUCGACAGUCUGUGUUGGCGGCCAUUACAUCUGCUCAGCAGAGGCUGAAAUUGUACAGCAAGGUUCCUCCCAAUGGUCUGGUUUUGUAUACUGGUACCAUUGUCACUGAUGAUGGAAAGGAAAAGAAGGUGACCAUUGACUUCGAGCCUUUUAAACCCAUUAAUGUCUCACUCUAUCUUUGUGAUAACAAGUUCCAUACUGAAGCUCUGAAUGAACUUCUGGAAUCAGAUGACAAAUUUGGUUUCAUAGUUAUGGAUGGUAAUGGAACACUGUUUGGUACAUUGAGUGGAAAUACACGAGAGGUGCUUCACAAAUUCACUGUUGAUCUUCCGAAAAAGCAUGGUCGUGGAGGGCAAUCAGCACUGCGAUUUGCUCGGCUCCGCAUGGAAAAGCGUCACAACUAUGUGCGGAAAACUGCUGAACUUGCCACCCAAUUCUUCAUAAAUCCAGCUACUAGUCAGCCAAAUGUGGCUGGGUUGAUCUUGGCUGGUUCAGCUGACUUCAAAACAGAGUUAAGCCAAUCAGACAUGUUUGAUCAACGUCUUCAAGUUAAAAUUCUCAAUGUGGUUGAUGUGUCUUAUGGAGGAGAGAAUGGUUUCAAUCAGGCCAUUGAGUUGUCAGCAGAGAUUCUGUCGAAUGUGAAAUUCAUACAAGAAAAGAAAUUGAUAGGGAAAUACUUUGAAGAAAUAAGUCAGGACACAGGAAAAUAUGUUUUUGGUGUGGACGACACUUUAAAGGCUCUUGAAAUGGGAGCUGUGGAAACCUUGAUUGUGUGGGAAAAUUUGGAUAUCAAUCGCUAUGUGCUCAAGCACAGUGCUUCUGGAGAGAUUAUAAUAAAGCAUUUGAACAAGGAUCAAGAAGCUGACCAAAGCAACUUCCGGGAUCCUGCUACCAAUGCAGAACUAGAGGUGCAGGAGAAAAUUUCUCUUCUAGAGUGGUUUGCUAAUGAAUACAAGCGUUUUGGUUGCACAUUGGAGUUCGUCACGAACAAAUCUCAAGAGGGUUCGCAGUUCUGCAGGGGGUUUGGUGGCAUUGGUGGUAUCCUACGCUAUCAGUUGGACAUGAGGUCCCUGGAUGAGUUGUCUGACGACGGGGAAGCAUUUGAAGACUCCGACUAGCAAUCAGCAACCCCAUGCCCGAGCUGGCCGGGGGAAGAGAUCUUCAACUGCCAUAUUCUUUGCCAGCAAGUCACUUCAUCUUGCUCCCUUCCACAUGCUGUUAAGUUCGAGCUGCAUACAAACAAUACACUGCAUAUGCAUUUCAAGUUAUCCACCAGAAGACUCGUGACGAUGCAAAACUGUGCCUUGUUUUGCAGUUUCUGAACUUGGAGCUUCUCUCUAAUUCAGACUUUGAAAUUUGAUUGAGAAGCUUAAUUCUGGUAUAGCUAGAAUCCUAAAGUUUUAAGACUUGUCUUCCUUUUAAAGACUGAAGUUUUAUCUGUAACUCUGUUUGGGCUUGGAUACCAAAGUUUGUGUCUGCUACUAUUGCUUGUACUAUUUUAUCUCCCUUUAUUGUUGUCAAACAUUUCAAUGAUGUUUUUCUUCCUUUAAAAGAUAAGACUUUCUUUUGCA